AUGGUUUUAGUGGAUGAUAAUAAGGUCACUCAGAGUGAUUGGCUGUUGCUGGUGUGUUCGCUCCUUGACCGCCGCUGCUUCACGUAUAUGGUGAUGGAGUAUUGUGUCUGUGGAAUGCAGGAAAUGUUGGACAGCGUUACAGAGAAGAGAUUUCCAGUGUUUCAAGCUCACGGGUACUUUAGCCAGCUCCUGGAUGGUCUUGAAUACUUGCACAGCCAGGGAAUUGUACACAAAGAUAUUAAACCAGGGAAUUUGCUGCUCACUACAGACGGGGCGCUGAAGAUCUCUGACUUGGGUGUAGCCGAGGCGCUCCACCCGUUUGCGGAGGACGACACGUGUCGGACGAGUCAGGGGUCGCCAGCAUACAACAUAACCACGAGCCUGUACCCGUUUGAGGGGGACAACAUCUAUAAGCUAUUCGAGAACAUUGGGAAGGGUGACUACACUGUUCCUGAGGAGUGCGGCCCGCUGCUCUCGGACCUGCUGAGAGAUGAUGUCAUCACGAUCGGUCUCACGGGUCAUUUCCUCUUCCUGUUUAGCUGGGUGCGUAAGAAACACCCGCCCUCGGAGCCUCCCGUGCCCAUCCCGCCCAGCGCAGAGACGCGCGACCCGUGGCGCAGCAUGACGGUGGUGCCGUACCUGGAGGAUCUCCACGGUUACGCUGAGGAGGAGGAGGAUGACGAGCUCUUCGACGGGGAGGAUGACAUCAUAUACACUCAGGAUUUCACCGUACCAGGGCAGGUCCCGGAGGAUGAGGAGGAUGAGGAAGAAGAGCGCGCUCCGGAGCGCACCUGUGCCGUGGCCAAACCGGUGUGUGUGAACGGGACAGAGUCGGCUGCACUCAAGCCCAAAUCCGAGCGGCGCUCCAGCUCUUCCUCCAAUCCCUCCAGGAAGGGCAUCUCCGCCGCCAGCAAGAUCCGCAAGCUUUCCACCUGCAAGCAGCAAUGACCCGAUGCUGCGCUGCACACCUGCGCUCCUCUGUACAGGUUUAUGUCGUUUCCCAGCAGUCAGUUCGAAACGCUGUUUUUUCGACGCACAUUUCUGCGGUGAUGAUGAACUCAAACACAGUGCCAGGACUGACUUUACUCGAGAAUGCUGUUAAAGAGUGGAGACGUUUCCCACAAUCCUCCUCCGUGGCUGAGGAUCAUCCAUUCGGUUUCUCUGGCGCUCUCGGAUCAGACCCGACCUUCCGUUUAGUUUUAAUUUACAGUCAUUACCAGCCGUUAAAGAUGCAGAUGGUUUGAUGUAAAGAAUGACACAGAGAUCAGUUACUGUAGAGAAAUAUGCUGCAGAUGAUGAUGUUAAAACUAAACUGCAUGCUGUGAUGUGGACGGAGAGUUUGGACGUCUGGGUUCAUUUUCCCCAUUUGGUUUGUUUUUCCCGUUAAAUAUUUUUUAAGUAUUAUUUAUAUAAAACACAUCCCAACUGAAGCUGAGCUCGUGGUCUUUAUUUGCAUGCGUUUCGCUGGAAAAAAGGGCUUUCACUG